UCAGCAGUAUCUCUAGUGUGCUUUGGCUGAGUAGUGCACUUCAGCUUGUAGGUUGUGUUGUCGGUUCCCUCAAGGACGAGGGAAGGUUUACAACACGCGAGAGGUCAAAUUUAACACCGAUGGCGCAUCGAAGGCGAUUUUUGAAGUUUUAUUGUUGAUGUUCGGCUUGAAGAGAGGAGAUGGAUGUCCACAUGGUGCUGGGGGGUCAGGAUAAUGUUCUCCUCGCCAAUAAUCCUGACGCUGGAAGUGGCAGUCUGAAGCUUCCAUGCGAUGAGCAGGAGAGAAGCACCAGCCCAUCUGUGUUUUGUUCUGUGACCACCACAUGGAAGGAGGGUCUGCUGAACCGGAAAAGACCAUUUGUUGGAAGAUGCUGUCACUCCUGCACACCCCAGAGUCAGGAGAGGCUGUUCAAUCCCAGCAUCCCCUCACUAGGACUCCGUAAUGUGAUUUACAUCAAUGAAACGCACACAAGACAUAGGGGUUGGCUUGCACGGAGGUUGAGUUAUGUGCUUUUCGUCCUGGAGAGAGAUGUCCAGAAGGACAUGUUCGCCCGUAACGUGGUGGACAACGUGCUCAACAACUGCAGUGUGGAAUGCGCUAUUAUGGAAGUAGCAGUAGAGGCCAGUGGCGUAGAUGUCGAGUCAGGAGUGGAUCCAAAAUCUGCCAGUAAAGUCCGACGGAAAGCCAGAGGAUUCCUGCAGGAAAUGGUGGCCAAUAUCUCACCUGCCUUCAUCAGAUUAACAGGAUGGGUGUUGUUGAAAUUGUUCAAUGGAUUUUUCUGGAGCAUUCAGAUCCAUAAAGGUCAACUGGACAUGGUGAAGAAAGCAGCAUCGGAGUACAACGCUCCACUGGUCUUCCUUCCUGUUCACAAGUCCCACAUAGAUUACCUGCUCAUCACCUUCAUCCUCUUUUGUCACAACAUCAAAGCUCCUCACAUCGCCGCCGGCAACAACCUCAACAUCCCCAUUUUAAGCACUCUCAUACGCAAACUUGGAGGUUUCUUUAUUCGUCGUAAACUGGAUGAGAUGGCGGACGGAAAGAAAGACGUGUUGUACAGAUCAUUAUUGCACGCAUACACAGAUGAGUUGUUGCGUCAGCAGCAGUUUCUGGAGGUGUAUUUGGAGGGCACGCGCUCUCGCAGCGGGAAGCCAUCUCCAGCUCGUGCUGGCAUGCUGUCCAUAGUGGUGGACACACUUUGUACCGGCAGCAUCCCUGAUGUUCUAAUCGUGCCCGUUGGCAUCUCAUAUGACCGCAUUAUUGAGGGAAACUACAACAGCGAACAGCUGGGGAAACCGAAGAAGAAUGAGAGUCUGUGGGGCGUGGCCUGCGGCGUGUUCAGAAUGCUCCGGAAGAACUACGGCUGUGUGCGUGUGGAUUUCACCCAGCCCUUCUCCCUAAAGGAGUACCUGGAAACCCAACGCUCCCGGCAUCUCCAAACCACCCUGACCCUGGAGCAGAUCCUUCUUCCCACCAUCAUCGCCGCACAGCCUGAUCAUGCUGUUUUGAAUGGAGAAGAUGGAGAUCAUCUGAACUUCAGAGACCUGUCAGAUGAGCCCUGGAGGAGGCAGGUUAUCGCUAACCUAGCCAAGCACGUACUCUUCACCGCCAAUAAAUCAUCCGCCAUCAUGUCUACUCACAUCGUGGCCUGUCUCCUCCUGUACCGACACAGACAGGGUGUGCUGCUGUCUAAACUGGUGGAGAAUUUUUUCAAUGUGAAGGAAGAGAUCCUAUCGCGGGACUUCGACCUGGGAUUUUCUGGGAACUCGGAGGACGUGGUGAUGCACGCGCUCAGUCUUCUGGGAAACUGCGUCAACGUCACCAGCACAAACAAAAACACAGAGUUCAUCAUCGCCCCUAGCAACACCGUUCCCGCUCUCUUUGAGCUCAAUUUCUACAGCAAUGGCCUUUUUCACGUCUUCAUCGCCGAUGCCAUUAUAGCUUGCAGUGCGCUGGCCCUUCUGAGAGAACAAGCUGCAAUGACUCCAGGAGGGGAGCAGAGUUUCUCCUCCACGCUGCUCAGUCAGGAGAGGCUGAUCCGCAGAGGUGCUGGACUAGCACACUUUCUGUCCAAUGAGGUGGCACUGGCACUGCCUUGCCAGACUUUAUACCAGGUCUUACAUGAUGCUGUUACCAGAUUAAUCGAGUAUGGUGUGCUGAUUGUGGCUGAGGAGGACCAGGAGGAGUUAAGCCCAUCUGAGGAGCCUUGGCCGAAGAAGUUUCCGGAGGCUCUUACCUGGCGAAGCGAUGAGGAGGAUGAAGACAGUGACUUUGGAGAUGAACAGAGAGACCGCUACCUGAAGGUGAGCCUAUCUGCCGAGCACCAGGAAUUUUUUCUUUUCCUGCAGAGGAUAUUGGCUCCGGUACUGGAGGCGUACAGUGGUGCGGCUAUCUUCAUCCACAGUCUUAGCUCACCUGUUACAGAGAGAGAAUAUACUCACCAGCUUUUCCAAUAUCUCUUGACACGCACAGAGAAAGGAGUGGCGGCAUAUGGAGAGAGUGCCACGCACUACCUUGUAAAGAACACAGUGAAAACAUUCAAAGAGCUCGGGGUGCUAAAAGAGAGACGGGAGGGCAGCGUGUGUCGCAUUGAGCUGAGCAGCGCUUUCUUUCCUCAGGCUAACAGAAACAAACUCCUGCAAUACAUUCUGGGUUUCUGCCUGUUGUGAGCAAUGGGCUGGAACUACCAACACAUCACCCAUCUCUCCUAUCCCUCUGCCACCCAACUCAAGGGCUUCUUAUAGGCUAGUCAUGACUGUCAAAGGUGCUAUUCUAAGGAAAGCUUUACCUGGAAGUGCCUUCACUAAACACCUCAUAUUAGACUUGAAUCAGUCUUUCCGUCACUGUAGAGCUUCCCAGUUAUGCAGAACUCAAUACUCGACGACUGUAGGUCAUUUUCUGUAAUAGAAGCUUCAACUCACAAUGAUGGUGGGUUAGUGUACUACUUGUGCCAGUGAAAGCUCUUGGUUUUCAGCUGAAUCUCGUCCCCUCUGCAUUUUGAGGUGAUGAUUCACCCCAAAAUGAACUAUCAAGCCUAUACGACUUUGUUUCUUCCGCAGAACACAAAAGAUGAUGUUUGGAAACAUUUUUUGUUAACCUGCACCGGUUUUGUGUCAAUACAAUAGCGACAAAAGUUAUUGGUGCCGGCACUAUCCAGCUACCAACUUUCUUAUAAAUAUUUUCAUUCUUGUUCUGCAGAAGAAUGUAAGUCAAACAGGUUUGAAAUGAACAGAGAAUGAAUAAAAAAUGACUGAAUUUUUUUGGGGGGGUUCACUUUUUAAACUAAUUGCCUUUA